UCCAUCUUACCGUCCGUCUUACCGUCCAUCAGUAAGUGUUUGUAAUUUGUAGCAAGUGAAACAGCUUUUGUAAAAGAUUGUUCCCAGUUGAAGUCCCACCAUGUUGUUACCGAUGGGACAAUUAUUUCUCCUACUAGGCUUAGUGCUUCCCUUUACCAAAGGUCUGUUUAUUAAUCCGUACGAAAAAGUUUGGCCCCGUGGUCAGUUUUUGUCUUCACCGAGGAACGGAAGCAAUGGCGAACCGCUACUGCUAACACCCUACAUCGAAAGCGGCAACAUAUCGGGAGGUCAAAGUGCGGCCCGGGUCCAACACAGCCGUAUAAGAGGGUUCGAAUCGUACGCCGGGUAUCUCACCGUAGACAAGCACUUCAACUCAAACCUAUACUUCUGGUACUUUCCGGCGAAAGCGAACCGCACAACGGCACCGCUCGUUCUCUGGCUGCAGGGUGGUCCCGGCGCAUCGUCUCUGUUCGGCCUGUUCGAGGAGAAUGGACCGUUUCGUAUCACGCGCGAUCUGGUGGCAGUAGAGCGGGAACACUCCUGGUACGAGAACCACCACCUGUUGUACAUAGAUAAUCCGGUAGGGACGGGAUUUAGCUUUACGGACAGUGAAGCUGGCUACGCACGCAACCAAGUACAGAUAGGCGAGGAACUGUAUUUGGCUGUGGUGCAGUUUUUGCGGCUCUUUCCGCAGCUCCAAUCGCUUCCGUUCUACAUUACGGGAGAAUCGUACGCGGGAAAGUAUGUGCCUGCGCUAGGGUAUACGAUACACCGGAAGAAUGCCGACCCAACAUCACUGUGGGUCAAUCUGACGGGUAUGGCGAUCGGUAACGGGUACAGUGAUCCGGUGAAUCAACUAAACUACGGCGAGUAUCUCUACCAGCUCGGAAUAAUUGAUAGCAAUGCGCUGGAACGGUUCGAACAGGACGAACAAACCGUAGCAACCUGCCUUGCCAAGGGAAACUAUCGCUGUGCGUUCGAGACUAUGGACGAUUUGCUGGAUGGUGAUGCGAACGGUGGAGGCUCCUUCUUCCGCAACGUAAGCGGGUUCGAAACGUACUACAACUAUCUACGCACGGCUGAAGAUCCGUUGGAUGCUUUUUUUCUGACACAAUUUUUAAACCUAGACGAAACGAGACGCGCCCUGCACGUUGGCGAUCAACCGUUUCACGAUCUCGACCAGGAGAAUCUGGUCGAACGAUACCUGGAGGAAGAUGUGUUCGCGACUGUAGCACCGUGGAUUGCCGAGCUGUUGCAACACUAUCGCAUUAUGUUCUACAACGGUCAGCUGGACAUUAUCUGUGCCUAUCCGAUGAUGGUAAACUAUCUGCAAAUGCUGCAGUUCGAUGGUGCCAACUACUAUCGAAGCGUACCGAGAGGCAAACUAGAGAUUGACGGCGAAAUUGCAGCAUACUUUAAGCUGGCAUUUGGUCUGGUGGAAGUUUUGGUACGUGAUGCAGGCCACAUGGUACCGCGCGAUCAGCCGAAAUGGGCACAUCGGUUAAUAACGGCUUUCACGCAUCCUGGCUCGGUCGACGGGUUUGUUUAGAAUAACGCUGAUGUUCUUACAAAAGUGUUUUUCUUUUUACAAAUAUUCCUCUAUCACAUACUGACAAUUAACACACGAUGAAGAUCGUGUUUCUAAUGGAAAGCAUUACACGUUGCUCACAGUUAAAUAAAAUAAUUAACCAUAAAAGCACAAGAAA